UUUCAAUGUCCCACAUAUAUAAAUAUGGUCCACACCAGUAGUGAUACUGCUGUAUAUGAUAGGGGGGUAUAAACAUUCAGUUAUCAAAAAAGUCAGAGAUAAGCCCCAAUCAUGGACCGCAUCGGAAAGAUCAUCUUCUAUGAGGACAAAAACUUCCAGGGUCACCACUUUGAAUGCAGUAGCGAUUGACCUGAGCUGAGCUCCCACUUAAGCCGCUGCAACUCCAUCCGGGUGGAGAGUGGGUACUGGGUGCUGUAGGAGAGGCCCAACUACCUGGGCUCUCAGUACAUCCUGACCAGGGGGGAGUACCCUGACUACCAGCGCUGGAUGGGCUACAAUGACAACAUCAGGUCCUGCCGCAUCAUCCGCAAUCUAAGUCCCACCCAGGAGGCCAAGGGUUUGGCUUCAAGAUUGGGGCCAUGCCGGGCAGCGUUGGUUUGGGUUAAUGCCAAUAGAGAAUACCUCUGGCAUGUUCAGGAUCCGCCUCUACAAGCGUCCUGACUUUGCCGGUCAGAUGAUGGAGUUCAGCGAAGACAAGCCUAACCUCCCCGAGCGCUGGUCUCACCGCGAGGUGCACUCCUGCAAUGUGAUGGACGGCGCCUGGGUGUUCUACGAGCACCCCAACUACCGCGGCCGCCAGCACCUGCUGGAGAGGGCAGAGUACCGCUGCUUCACCGAGUGGAACGCCAUGCACCCUAACGUGGGGUCCAUCCGCCGUGUUCAGAACAUUUAGAGUUGCCUCACUACAUGCCUGUUAAUAGUCAUAAGUGUUAUUUCACAUUUAUUAAUACAAUUAAAAUAUUGUGUUCAAAUGAUA